UCCAUUUCCAGAGAAACAAAAAAAUCAACUUCGUUCGUUUCCUUCAUCGUGUGUAAUCACGUACGUCUUGAUUGUUCACAUCCUUGCGUGGGAUUUUUCUUAAAGACGACGUUAUUUCGACUGUAGCUUCGUUGACGAAUGACGACCGACGCACGCCAUCAGUUAACGAUGCGUACGUGUGAAUAUCGAAAACAUUAACGAAAAUCGCUAUUUCUUUAGAAAAUAUUUAUUGUAUCAAAUGUGUUGAGGAUGCAGUGUUGAAUUAAGGUGUACUUUCGAAGAGAAUUGUCGUCGUUUGUAUAUUUCAACGGAUAUGCCUGCGGUUCGACGUCUGGCAUCGAGUGUAAAGAAAAAGAAGUCACUUUCGCCGGCUCAGUCACUGAGUCAGUCGCACAGUUCCAUUUACUUGAUAACGUUUUAGAUGCAUCUAAGCUCAGUGCAAGUGUGCGCGUUGUUGACGCUGACGCUGGCGGCGGCCGCGCCCCCCUCCACGUCGCACCACGUCGCGCGCCGUUCCUUCUUCAACCUGCAAUGCAAAGGCGUGUACGACGCAGCCAUCUUCGCGCGCCUCGACCGUAUCUGCGAUGACUGUUACAACCUCUUCAGGGAACCCCAGCUUUAUACCCUUUGCCGGAAAGACUGUUUCACGACAGAUUACUUCAAAGGCUGCGUGGAGGUACUGCAAGAGACCGAUCAGCUCGAACUCUUCAAGACGUAUAUAAAACAAUUACACGGGGCGGAUCCAGGGAUUUAGGUCGAAAUGUUUCACCUCGCCCUACUUCAAGGGUUGCAUGGAGUCUUUGUACCUCUACGACGAGGAGGAACAGAUAGAUCAAAUGAUCGACUUCAUCGGGAAACGCUAAUACACACAGCCAGUCCAACAUAUUCGCGCCAUUUCUUGACACAUGACGCCAUCUUGUUUAACCCAACCGAGUAAUGCUGUUACAGAUUAAAUGAAAACAGAGUAUUCAAUCAACAGAUAUAAACGCUUUGCCAACAAAAUCAAAAAGCAGAAAUGAUAUGUCAAGUUCCUCCAGAUUGACGUCUGCUUUCUAUCCUCAACGUAUUCUAGUCUUUAACGCGACAUAAAAAUUAUUUAUGUUUGCAACUAAUUGUAAUGUUAUCAUAAUUUGUAUUAGAUAAUGUGUAUACAGUGUAAGGACAUUUAUUUUGUGUUAAGUGUUGUAAGCUUCGCGAGCUACGGGAGUGUAAAUUAUAUUAAAGAUUUGUUUUAUUGACUAUAUUAGAUCACCUCCUAGGUAUAAAAACAAUCAUUCAAAAAAUUCGAGGCAGAUAUUAUCUGGUUCCGAUGCUGGUCAUCUUAUUAUGAAUCUGUCUCUGAACAAAAAUAAUCCGACUGAGAUUGCCUAUUUAAUUAUACAUAAAUGUGACGCAUUCCAAACACAGUAUUUAAUUAAAUAAUUACUUACGCUUUUUUAUCUAAAUUUUUCUACUAACAUAUAGGUUUUGUUUGUAUUAUUGAUGGUAUUAUGUAUUAUAGAUCGCCUAACGUAAGCCUUUGUAAUAUAUAGAUGUAUGUAACUCACAGAAGUGGCUUUUAAAUGUAUCUAUUCGAAUUACUUUUUAGUUUAAAUUGGUCACAUUGUAUUUAAUUCAUACUACAUUUAGUUUUAUUCGACCAUAAACUAUAGAACAGAACGGUAAAGCGAUACAAGUGCAAAGUAAUGUUAUUUAUUAUUAUUCGAAGUUCAAUUUUCACAAAAAAUAUUUUCCGUUACAAAAUUGUGCCAUGUUCGUUAAUUAAAGAAUUCGAAAAUAAAAUACAUUCGCUUCACCGUUAAUGAAAUAGUUCAGUUCUAUAAAUUAAUUCAAUUAGUUUAUAAGUAUUUAUAAAGAUUUAUUUUUUUUGUAUACUUCCGAACUAUUUAUUUGUUAUUAUUUACAAUAUAUUUAUUGUGAUGGUAUUCCUUGCAACCAUAGAGAUUACCAGUGAUUUUGAUUAUGGAAAUGAAAAAUUUACUCAGUGUUUCUGAUUUUUUUAUGUAUAAGUUGCGGUUUUUACUUAUUGACUGUUUUAUUAGUUCAACUGAAACUCUUCUCUGUGUUCGAAUCUCAACUUUGUUUUAUUUCUUUUAGCGUUUCUUACCUCACUGGUGAUACCAUAGACAAGAUUUUUUAUUCUUUCUAAUCGAACUUGUGAGGAAGUUCAUACAAUAUAAGCAUACUUACUCAGUCCUAUAAUAUUUAGAGAAAUGGUGCCAAUUGCUGUCCCAAGAAAAAUAGAUAUAACGAAUUUAGCUAAUGGUUAAUGAGAGACGUAAAACAAUUUAUAGGACCUAUUAAAAUUUAUGUAAAAAAAAAUAUAUUGAAUUAGUAAAAAUAUUUAACUAUUUGUAUAAAUUUUAUAUAAAACAGCUAAGAAACGCUACGGGUUCCAUGAAAUAUAUUUCAUUUUGAAAAGUC